GCAACACACGCAGGGAAGACGUGGAGGCAGCUCCGCUGGCAUCGCUGCUGCUGCAGGCACAGACCCUCCAUUGUCAGCCCUGGGGGGGCCCGGCCCUGCAUGGGGGCGCGGGGACAGGCCCAGCAGCACCAGGGCUGGGCGUAGGGGGUGUCCCCUGGAGGGGGGCACAGGGGGGGUGUCACCUGCAGGGCGGGCAUCCUGCGCUGCCGGGGGCUCAGGUGGGGAGCGGAGGGGCUGCCCCGUGAGCCCCCCGGAGCAGGGGGGAGAUGAGCGCUCAGGAUGAGCAGUUCCCAGCAGCAGCCCCUGAGCCAGCGGCUCCCUCCGCCGAUGAUGGCAUGACCUGGUGGUACAGGUGGCUCUGCAGGAUUGCCGGGGUCAUCGGGGGCAUGUCCUGUGCCAUCGCUGGUCUCUGGAACUGUGUCACCAUCAACCCCCUGAACAUCGCGGCCGGCGUGUGGAUGAUGCUCAACGCCUUUGUCCUGUUCCUGUGUGAAGCCCCUUUCUGCUGCCAGUUCAUCGAGUUCGCCAACGCCGUCUCCGCCAGGGCGGACAAGCUGCGGGCCUGGCAGAAAGCGGCUUUUUACUGCGGGAUGGCCGUGUUCCCGGUCAUGCUCAGCCUGACGCUGACCACGCUCUUCGGAAACGCCAUCGCCUUCGCCACCGGGGUCCUUUACGGUCUGUCGGCGCUGGGCAAGAAGGGAGAUGCCAUUUCCUACGCUCGGAUCCACCAGCAGCAGAAGCAAAUGGAUGAAGAGAAGCUCACGGGGACCCUGGAGGGACAGGCUCUCUGAGGCACACAGGGUAACCUCUCCUGGACACUGAGGUGGUGAAGAUAUGGAAAUCCACUCUGCCCUUCCCCGUGCCUGCUCCCCUCUCUGCUACACUGCGAUUUCCCUGGACACUGCAGCACCUGGAAAUCUCAGGGGCUGGGGCAGGCUGUGCCCUCUUCUCACACCAGCAGCCAGAUCUCAGCGUGUUGGUCCCUCUCUCCUCCUCAACCCUCAACCAAAUAUCUCACAGUCCCUUAAUUUUUUAAUAUUUUUUUCUUUUUGCUGCAGAGGUGCUGGCUCUCUGAGUGCUGCUUUCCCAGCCUGAACAGGCAGCCUUUUUUGGGGGUGCCCCUUUGGGAACUGCUCUCUGGAUGGGUGAGGAGGGACAGCGGUGACCUGCCAGCUCCUUGCCUGCGCUGGUCUUGUGGGAAAGGACUUCCAGAAAAAAAAACCCUUAAAGACAAUAACCAUCUCUGCAGAGGAGCUGCCAGAGGUGCAGGGGCAGAUCCUGGGACCUACAAAGCACAGUCCCUGCUCCCUCUGGAUACAGCUACAGGCAGUUACUGCGAUUUACUUGAAUUACAAGAAUUAAUUUCUUUGUCUUAAUAAGGGCACUUUUCUUAAGCUUCACUCUUUUACUGGGGCAGAAGGGAAACAAUGUUUGCUGUACCUCAGCUGGAAAAAGGGUAUUGUUGCUUGAGCCAAGCGGGAUUUUUUGCUGGUGUGAGCAUCCUUCUCUUGUGAGCCUGGGACCUGUCCCUCUGUGGAAGGGACCUGCUCUUUGCUUGCCUGGUACAGCCUUUGUCUUUGGGCUCGUGGUGUUUUUGCAUCGGUCCUGAGUUGGGUUUGCAUGAAAGGGUUGAACAUCCUUCCUGUGCAAAUAGAGAGGAGGCUGCACCGAUUCAUUGUGGACAGCUGGGGUGUCUUGCUUCAUUAUUCCAGGCUCUGUCAAUGGUGUUCAUGUUGUAUUUUCUGUUUGCUUUGUACCAGGCAGCACAGAACUGUUUCAGACCCCCCUCUUCUCAUCACGGUUUCUUCUGGGGUUUUUAAUUUAUUUGAUUUUUACACGGUUGCUUUUUGAUUAGGAAAAAGGGGAAUAAUUUAUUUCUAGUUAUUUAAGUAUUUUGAUGGGACUCAUUUUCUCUGAAUAUAGGAGAAAGGAGUGCUCUGUUUCCUGUCCUUCAAAGGACUGCCUCUUUCACCAGGGGUCUCUGAACCCAGGGACAGCCCUGGCUGCUGUAACGGGAAUGCUGCAAAAUCCAAUUUCAGCCUUCAGAGCAUUACUCAGACUUUUGAAAAGUGUGUUGUCCUUUGACCCCUUUGUCUUGUUCUGGGUCGCUGGCUUGACAAAGUGUGUUUUCCCCCUCUUCUGGGAGAGGGAAGGAAGGAAAACUGGGCUGUAACUGCUGUAUUGGAACUGCCACAACCCUUUGUGGCCCCAGCUGAAUCCCUGGGGAGCAGAGGGGUUGUGCUGUGGCCUGAGAAAGGCUGGAGGCUGAGUGCUGUCUGUCCUGCAGGGAUGGGUGCUGCGGGAGGAAUGCACCACAUCCAGUGGGAUGCUCCAGUGGGAAUAGCCCCUCUGCUCUCCACAGGGUGUCCCUGUGCAGCACCUCCACUGGGGAGUUCAAGGGCAGAGUCCUGCCUUAUGAGCAGGAUGUGUGCUCUGAUUUCAGGGGGUUUGGGGAGUUCUGUAGUGUUUAGUAGAGGAAUGUUGCAGACUGGUGCAUGUAGCUACCAGCAUGUCUUUGGUAGUGACUGCUUUGCUCUGUGAGUAGUUCCACAGUAGCUUUAGUGACAGGAGGUGAAAGGCAAAGCAGAGGCAUUGGGGUAACACUUGCAGGCUGGUCUGAGGGGCCACAGAACUGGUGGGACCCUCGUGCCUUCAUCUGACUGUCCUGAUAUCAGGGACCAGCAGUGGCUGCUGGGGCUGGGGCAGGCAGGUGCUGCUCCAGGUCACCUGGAGGGCUCCCUGGCACAGACAGGCCCUCUCUGCUCCCUUGGAUGCCAACAAUGCUGUCAUAGUGUGUUUUGUGGCAGAGGGUCGUGACCCUGGGGCUGAGGCAAGUGAGCAAUCUACACCAAUCUGCCACUGUGAGUGGGAUGCAAAGCUCAGCUCUGAGCUGAAAAUGGGCCUCAGGGACUCUUCUAUAAGAGCCAAGCUGGAGCCUUCAGCCACAAUGAUUAAAGUGUCUCUGUGCCUGCCACAAGUGGGGGUGUCUCAGAUCUGUGCUCCAAGGGUGCUGACUCCUACAGGUGCCUGUCUGGAGUGAGAACUCUUGGGAAUUUUGGCUGUCUGAUGCAGCUGAAACCAAGCGAGAUGCUGCCAUCAUUGCAGACAGGCUUGGUGACAGCACCCGUGGCUUUUAAGAGUUGUAGCAACAGUUAGUGGAUGGUGUCACCUCCGUGUGGGCAAGAGACUGUUUUGUGGAGAUAGAAAGGACCUUUAGAGUAGUAGCAUCACAGUAGUUAAUAUGCCCAUUCACAGUGCAUUGUGGUUAUUAGUUGUCUUUAGAGGCACCCUCGGGGUGCCUGGAGCUGUGUAAGGACAAAUGAAGUUCAAACCCUGCUCUGGAGGUUUUACAGGCUCAACCCAAUCCCUGCUGGUGGCAUCCAGGCUGGAUGGCUGAUCCAUGGGCUGUCUGUGGAAGACGUUCUGCUUACCUGGUCUGGAAAAGGCUUCUUGGGAGACAGUGGGAUAGAAAGUUUGUUAUGUGAGAGCUGAGGAGUGGGUGAUGCAUUGGCUACAGCGAGCUGUUGUCACCUGAGCACUGGCAACACACAUGCCCCUGGCAGGGCCUGUUACAUCACAUGAGCAUUAUGUGCUCUGUUACAUACAGAGCACAACUCUUUCAUGUCCUGUUCAGCCAGGAAGCUGACAGCACUCGUGCCUGUCAGCUCCACUGUCCCCUGGGGCUGCCCACUGGGCAUUAAGAGCAGAACAGAGCUCGCUUUCUGCUGCAGACCCAGACCUCACUGCUCUGGGCAGGAGCUGGUUUUGUAACACCAACUGAUUCUCUGUGUGUGCAGUGAAUAAAAAGACCAUUCUACCUCUGGAAAGAGCCACUGUGAUUUCUCAGACUCUAAAAUGUUGUAGCAAAAACCAUCAGACUUUCUAUACCGAAGAAAGGAGGUCACUCAGAAAAUACUCCAGUGAGGUUCUCGCAGGACCUGAAGAGCCCAACCUCAUUUCAUAUUUGGGCAUUUUCUCCUUAGGCUGAGCUUCCUGGGAAGCUCAAUUCAUGUUUGUCAUUUUUUCCUCAGGGAAAAAACACCAACUGUCUUCAGGGAAGGGUUUCACUGAAGAUAUCAAGACCUGGUCCAUGGCCAUGUGAGAAAAAGCACGUUCUAGCACAGAGCUGCUAGAGAUCCUGAUCUUCAGAAGGUCAGUGGAAACCAGAGGCUCUUGAGAGCUCUGGUAGUCAGGCCACGCUUAGAAACAGUCAGAUUCCAGCCAGGGCUGAACAUCUUUCUGGAAAAGGGUCUCAGCAGCAAAGGGUAGGUUUAAUGCUGACUGUUCUCUGUGUUUUUUAUUUCAAUCCAUCUCUCUUCCUCUGUCCCAGGCUGCUUUAAAUUAAUGCUAAAUGCUAAUGUGAUAAAGCACAUCUUCUCUUAGGUGAUUUCUCUCACCUCCUGCUGCAGGAGAUCUAAAUGCCAACUGGCAUAUCUUAAGGGCUGGGUCAUGUAUGCUGUUUUACCCCCUGCUGCCUUGUGGCAGCAGAUUUAAUGUUUCGAGAAUGGGAGGGCACAGGCAUCUCCACCAGCCCUCGGGGUGCCAAGUGCAUUUCAGGAGGUUGGACAAAUGCCUGGGCACAUCAUCUCCCAGCUCAGCCUUUGUUGUUCUGCCCUUCUGGGAGGAGUUAGGUUGGAUGUGAGACUCAGCAAGGCCAUUAGUUCCUCAGCGUCAUAACCUCCUCCUGCAGCUGUGUUUUACCUAGGGUUAGGCUCUAAAAGAUAAUUGAAAAAAGACCUUAAUCUUGCAGGACUCACAGGAAAGGGGUAAGAGCAAUUUGCUCCUAACUAUGCAGCUGAAAUCUCAAAGUGAUGGAGGGGGAGGCUCCACACAACUGUGAUGGAGGCACAUCCACCUUCCUCUUUGUGGAUGAGUAAAACCCUGGGGUGGGAAGGACCCAGCCCCUUACAAAGUGUUGUCAGUACUCACUGUGUCUUUCCUACAGUGUAUCACUUGCACUACAGCUGAAUGUUUGUCUGUUCCCGUUCUUUUGUCCUGGAUUUUCUUUGUGAACUGUAUUUGGUCCUGUUCAUUAGGCUUCUAGUGUAAUGUGUGUUUUUAGAGCAAUAAAACGUGGCAGCUUUUUAUACAAAA